AAUGUCUUGCGUAGCCUAAAAUGGAGUGGAUUUUCCCAGGAUGUGCUUUCACGUAAAGAGCUGUCUAGAAUAUCGCAUGACGGUUAAUCAGUGAGGAAUGCCGACUAGUUUUUGUCAUCGGGGUUAACGCAGAAAAGCUGCAAGAUGAAGAAACAGUUCAAUCGAAUGCGACAACUCGCUAACCAAACGGUGGGCAGGGCUGAGAAGACAGAAGUGCUGAGCGAUGACCUGCUACAGGUGGAGAAGCGUCUGGAGCUGGUGAAGCAGGUGUCCCACAGCACCCAUAAGAAGCUGACCGCAUGCCUGCAGGGCCAGCAGGGGGUGGAGGUGGACAAGAAGUCCGUAAGAUCACCCUCGAAAAAGCUGCCACUGACAACGCUAGCCCAAUGUAUGGUGGAAGGAGCCGUCGUCCUGGGAGACGACUCGUUGCUGGGGAAGAUGCUGAAGCUGUGCGGGGAGACCCAGGAGAAGCUGGCCCAGGAGCUGCUGCUGUUCGAGCUCCAGAUCGAGAGGGACGUGGUGGAGCCACUCUACGUCUUAGCAGAGGUGGAAAUCCCGAACAUCCAGAAACAAAGGAAACAUUUAGCCAAACUGGUUCUGGACAUGGACUCCGCUCGCACACGGUGGCAGCAGUCGUCCAAGUCCUCAGGUCCCAGCAACCAGCAGCACACAGGGGCUAAGGCCGACUCCCUCAGGGAAGAGAUGGAGGAGGCAGCCAAUCGCAUGGAGAUCUGUAGGGAUCAGUUAUCUGCAGACAUGUACAGUUUUGUGGCCAAAGAAAUCGACUAUGCAAACUACUUUCAGACGUUAAUUGAAGUGCAAGCGGAGUAUCAUAAGAAGUCGUUAGAGCUCCUGCAAAACAUCCUACCCCAGAUCAAAGCACAUCAGGAGGCGUGGGUGGAUAAGCCUUGCUAUGGCAAACCUCUGGAGGAGCACCUGACGCUGAGUGGGCGUGACAUUGCCUUCCCCAUAGAGGCCUGUGUCACCAUGCUACUGGAGUGUGGCAUGCAGGAGGAGGGCCUUUUCAGAGUGGCACCGUCAGCAUCCAAGCUGAAGAAGCUGAAGGCGUCGCUGGACUGUGGAGUGUUAGACGUGCAGGAGUACUCGGCCGAUCCCCAUGCCAUCGCAGGUGCUCUAAAAUCAUACCUCAGAGAGCUGCCAGAACCCCUGAUGACCUUUGAACUCUAUGAGGAAUGGAUCCAGGCGUCCAACAUCCAAGACCAGGAUAAGAGGCUGCAGGCCUUGCUGUCUGCUUGUGAGAAACUGCCCACGGCCAAUAGUAACAACUUCAAAUAUUUAAUCAAGUUUCUUGCCAAGCUAAACGAGUACGAGGACGCUAAUAAGAUGACACCGGGGAACAUUGCCAUCGUGCUGGGCCCCAAUCUGCUCUGGGAUAACAAUGAAGGGAACAUCACUGAGAUGAUGACCACAGUCUCGCUGCAGAUUGUCAGUUUACUGGAGCCCAUUGUCCAGCACGCAGACUGGUUCUUUCCUGGAGAGAUCGAGUUCAACGUGACGGGUAACUACGGCAGCCCGGUGCACACCAACCACAACGCCAACUACAGCUCCAUGCCCUCGCCCGACAUGGACCACACCGAGCGCCGCCAGUCCGACCAGAGCCGCCGCCCGCUCAGCGUCGCCACCGACAACAUGAUGCUGGAGUUCUACAAGAAGGACGGCAUUAGGAAGAUCCAGAGUAUGGGUGUGCGGGUGAUGGACACGUCGUGGGUGUCGCGGCGCGGCCCGUCGACGGCGCGGAAGACCUCGUCCACUCCCCCGAGCCUGUACCCCCCCGGGCUGCCCGGUGAGGGGGGCAUGAUGCUGGCAGAGCUGCCGGGGGAGCUGUCAGCCUCCCCCUCCCCCACACCCCCGCCAGGCAGCAGCGACCGCGCCAGUACUUUGAAGAACAAGGAACUCUCCCCUGUGAUUGGCCAGAAAGCCAUGCAGACAGCGCCAUCUAGUGGCUAUUCACUGUGCACUGAGCCAAGUCCUCACACUCUACGGAAAGUCUCUAAGAAGCUGGCUCCCAUCCCCCCUAAAUGUCCGUACCCUCCGUCGGGCGCCAUGUCUGACCAGUCCACGGGUCAGCCCUCUCCCAUCAGCCUGUCCCCGACUCCGCCGAGCACGCCGUCCCCGUACAGCUUCAGCUACCCGCAGGGCUAUGCCACCAUCGCUUCGCCCGGCGGCGGCGGCAGCAGCGGGGGCAUGCAGGCCACCACGCCGCCCUCGCUUAGCUCCGCGGGCGCCAUGGGCACGCUGCCCAAAGCCCGGCCGGCGCCCAAACCCCGCCAGCGGCCCAGCCUGCCGCCGCCGCAGCCCCCCAGCACCCCCGGAUCCAGCCCCCAGCCGCUGGAGCACGCAGGCCUGCUGGAGGGCCUCUCGCCCGGGGAGAGCAUGUCUACAGACUCUUUCUGCAACCUGGACAUUCCUGCCAUCAACGUGGAGCUGGACGGCAUUCUGGACGUGGCGUACGGCGCCCUCCACAGGCACUCUGUGGUCAUGGCGGCGGUGGCGCUGGAGGCGUCGACGGGCAGGGCCGAGUCGGAGGAGGACUCGGAGAGCACGGUGUUAUGACGUCAUCGCACACUCGGCCGAUCACAGACCACUCUCACCUCCGCCGCGACCUCGAGCACCGACACCGCCUCCGCCACCCCUGGAUGCUGUACGCCCCACCAAAUGCGCAGGAUUGCGUUGCUCCACCUCACUGCAACUACGGAGGCCUGUAAUGCCCAAAAUACUCCCCCCCGCUAGCUUUUCCUACAGACUAUGAAAUGACAUUGUCAAUAAACAGCAUAUAAGAUCACUAUUACACCGAGUAACCGGACCAGGAAUAUCACUGGCAGAACUCAACAAUGAAGCAUCAUCACAGGACAGUUAGAUUUUUUUUUUUAGCAUCUUAACACAUUUUGUUUUUAUUUUUAAUGCUGUUAUUUUUAUUGUUGUUUGUGUCUUUUUUUUCUUUUUCUUUGCCUUACCCAUUUUGCCUUUAACGACCUACGAGCACAGAGCAAAGCUGUACAGGAAAGUCACUGAUAUCUAUUUCACAACAGUUUGUUUGAUUUCCCUUCAUGGUGUCGUUGCAGUUACUGUACAUGGUAUCUCUUUCAACCAGUCCAGAGUUGACCAAUCAAAACUACUUCCUGUAUGGUCAUUGUCCAGGGAGUUAUACCAGGUAACGCAAACAAAUUAUGAGAAUGUCCACAGAGUAAGUUUUAUGAUAUAUAGCCACAAAAAAGUCACUCUUUGAAAUAUUUAUAGGAGAAAAAAAGACAGCAAAACAACUUUAUUUUUUAAAGAUGAAAUAAACAUUUAAAAUUAAAGUGUAUACAGUGGGUUGUAUAGGAACAGGGGGCUUAGAAUGUACUGUGAGAAAAGAUUCAUUAUCCUGUUGUUGGACAUGGAAAUCCCCAUUGUGUGUGCGUGUGUGUGCGUGUGUGUGCGUGUGUGUGUGUGUUUGUGUGUGUGCGUGUGUGUGUCACUUGAAGUCCUUGGUCCCCCUCAGUGUCGCAUUACCACAAACUUGGAUGGUUAAGCACCUAUGACCAUACUCGUGACUACAGGCCACAACAGCAGGUCAUCCACACCUGCCAACAGGUGUGUGUGUGUGUGUGUGUGUGUGUGUGUGUCCAGUGGCCAAUAGCUUAGUAAUUAUUUUAGAAAAAGUAAUGGAU